UCCUCUUCGAUGUGGUCCUGGUGGUGGAGGGGAAGCAGCUCGAGGCCCACCGCAUCCUGCUGGCUGCCUCCUGCGACUACUUCCGGUGGCCAAAGUACUGGAGCUUCAGCGUCAGCCCUUGCAGUGGAUGUUGAGGCUGGUCCCCUGAGGAUGGGCUGCUUGGGCCUCCUUGUGUCCGCGGGAGCUGCAGGCGUGCUGUGUCCUCCACUCAUGUGGCCAUCCCCGCCUGCUGGACACUCGGUGCACGUUUCUCUUUUAUUGUGAUUUUUAGAAAACCUACAGCUUGACCAUUGUGACCAUUUCAGCGUGCAGGUCAGUGUCCUUACAUGCAUUCUGGUGCAGCCUCCGGAACCGUUCCAAGCUGUGACGCGGAGCCUGCAGCCGAGCAACAGUUCCCGUGGCCCCCCUCCCGGCCCGGGCAGCCGCCUUGUACGGCCACCUUGUGCUUCUGUCUCCGUGACUGCUCCGGGACCUCGUAUGAGUGGAAGCGGGCGAUGUCUGUCCUUCGAGGACCGGCUGCUUUGGCCGAGCGGCGUGUCCCCGAGGCUCACCCGGGCCGCGGCGGGCGCCAGGCCGUCCUUCCCGAGGCGAGUAACGCGCUGCCGUUUGUUGCGCUGCAGCUUGCCCACCUUGUCGACGGACACUGGUUGUCCCCUCUCGGCUCUUGUGAGGAAAGCUGCUGUGAGCGUGGGGCGCAGAUGUCUCUUGGAGGCCCUGCUUUCAGUUCUGUGGAGUACGUACUCAGACGCGGAAUUGCUGGAACAUUCUGCAGUUCUGUGUGUCGUGUCUUGAGGAACCCCAAACUGUCUUCCACAGCAGCUGCUCUAAUUCACAUUCACACCAGAGAUGCACAGAGGCUCCAGCUUCUUUGAGUUGACGAGAUACGAGUCUAAGAGGAAUUGGGGAAACACCUGCACUCUUUGGAAGAGAAAGUGAAAACAGCUGCUGAACCCGCGACCCAAGCCUCUGUCCAUCCCGUCCGUCCGCUGCCAGGUUUCUCCCUCGCCCCCCGGCGGCUGGAGCCAGCGUCCUCACCCUCUGCUUCCAGGGGUGUCCAGGGCAGGCCCCGCCGCCCCGAGGUGGGGCUUCAUGACAGGCUGUGGCGGAGGCAUCCAGGUGGGAGCGUGUGGACCCUUUGACCCAGCAGUGGCUCUCCCGGAACUGAUCCCGGCAUUCCCACCAGCUCCUGGGGCAGAACCGUCCAUCGGGCAAAACGACGGGAGACGAGAAGGAACCCUGGGGGACCCCAGUGGGCAUGUUCGCGGGGGGCCUGAAGGAGAUGGGGCAGGAGGAGGUCCUGAUCCACGGCGUGUCCUACAGCGCGAUGCGCCAGAUCCUGCACUUCAUCUACACGGCCGAGCUGGAGCUCAGCCUGAGCAACGUCCAGGAGACGCUGGUCGCUGCCUGCCAGCUCCAGAUCCCAGAGAUCAUUCACUUCUGCUGCGACUUCCUCACGCCCUGGGUGGACGAGGACAACAUCCUCGACGUCUACCGGCUGGCCGAGCUCUUUGACCUGAGCCGCCUGACCGAGCAGCUGGACGCCUACAUCCUCAAGAACUUCGUGGCCUUCUCGCGGACUGACAAGUACCGCCAGCUGCCCCUGGAGAAGGUCUACGCCCUCCUGAGCAGCAACCGCCUGGAGGUGUCCUGCGAGACGGAGGUGUACGAGGGCGCCCUGCUCUACCACUACCCGCCGGAGCAGGUGCAGGCCGACCGGCUCCCGCUGCAUGAGCCGCCCAAGCUCCUGGAGACCGUGCGCUUCCCCCUCAUGGAGGCCGAGGUCCUGCAGCGGCUGCACGACAAGCUGGAGCCCAGCCCGCUGAGGGACACCGUGGCCGAAGCCCUCAGGUACCACCGGAACGAGAGCCUGCAGCCCAGCCUGCAGGGCCCGCAGACCGAGCUGCGCUCCGACUUCCAGUGCGUGGUGGGCUUCGGGGGCAUCCACUCCACGCCGUCCACCGUCCUCAGCGACCAGGCCAAGUACCUGAACCCGCUGCUGGGGGAGUGGAAGCACUUCACCGCGUCCCUGGCGCCCCGCAUGUCCAACCAGGGCAUCGCGGUGCUCAACAACUUCGUGUACCUGAUCGGAGGGGACAACAACGUUCAGGGCUUCCGCGCGGAGUCCCGCUGCUGGAGGUACGACCCGAGGCACAACCGCUGGUUCCAGAUCCAGCCGCUGCAGCAGGAGCACGCGGACCUGUGCGUGUGCGUGGUGGGCGGCUACAUUUACGCGGUGGCGGGCCGAGACUACCACAACGAUCUGACCGCCGUGGAGCGCUACGACCCCGCCACCAACUCCUGGGCCUACGUGGCGCCGCUCAAGAGGGAGGUCUAUGCCCACGCGGGCGCCGCGCUGGACGGCAAGAUGUACGUCACCUGCGGCCGCCGAGGCGAGGACUACCUGAGGGAGACCCACUGCUACGAGCCGGGCAGCGACACCUGGCACGCGCUGGCCGACGGCCCGGUGCGGCGGGCCUGGCACGGCAUGGCCACGCUGCUGGACAAGCUGUACGUGAUUGGGGGCAGCAACAACGACGCGGGCUACCGAAGAGACGUGCACCAGGUGGCCUGCUACAGCUGCAGAUCCGGGCAGUGGUCGUCCGUCUGCCCGCUGCCGGCCGGGCACGGGGAACCGGGCAUCGCUGUGCUCGACAGCAGGAUCUACGUGCUGGGCGGCCGCUCACACAACCGAGGCAGCCGCACGGGCUACGUGCACAUCUAUGACGCGGGCAAGGACAGCUGGGAGGAGGGGCCGCCGCUGGACAACUCCAUCUCGGGCCUGGCCGCCUGUGUGCUCACCCUGCCGCGGUCCCUGCUGCUCGAGCCGCCCCGGGGGACCCCUGACCGCAGCCAGGCCGACCCGGACUUCGCCUCCGAGGUGAUGAGUGUGUCUGACUGGGAGGAGUUCGACAACUCCAGCGAGGACUAGGGUCCCGGGGCAGGGGAGUGGGAGAUCCCAGGCGUCCCCCACCCUGCCCGUCGGCAGGUAGGCAGGUGUUUUGGGGGCUCGCAGACCUAUGGCAGGAACCCUCUGGGAAGGGCCCGGUCUCCAGACAGCCCCCAGGCCUCUCCUCCUCAGCAGGAGUGGCUGGGCGCCGGCACCACUCUCCGCCUUAGUCACUGUUGGGCUGAGAGGGCGCCUUCUCCCAAGGGGGUUGGGGACGGGCCCCCGCGGGGGAGCCGGGCUGAGCCCAUCGCCAGCCCAGCAGCUCCUGAGACGGAAGUGGGAGCAGAGAGCCAGCCAGGGGCCCGAGGCUGGUUGUGAUAACAGGGUCUUGCAGCUGGGCCUUCCCGCCCCCGUGUUGUUGAUAAAUGAAAUAAAGCACCUUCUGCGAGGCGCGUUGCUCUCCUU